ACAGACGCUGUGAUGGGCACUAAAGGUGUCCACGUGCAGUCUGGACCCGGUCUUGGAGCUGAGCUGACUGAUGAGGAGAAGGAGAUUAUCAACAGCGUAAUCGCCCGUGCUGAAAAGAUGGAGGUGAUGGAGCAAGAGAGGAUCGGACGUCUGGUGAAUCGUCUGGACAACAUGAAGAAAACAGUAUGUGGAGAUGGAGUUUCACGCUGCCUGUUGUGCGGAGAGCAGUUGGGUGCAGUUGGCGUGAGCUCAGUGGUGUGUGAGGACUGCAAAAAGAACAUGUGCACUAAGUGUGGAGUGCAGACUAACGCUCGGCCGCGGUCCGUGUGGCUCUGCAAGAUCUGCGGUGAACAGAGAGAGGUGUGGAAGCGAUCUGGAGCCUGGUUCUUUAAAGGUCUCCCGAAGCAGUUCUUACCCUCACCGAUGCCCAUAUCCACAGCCAAAGAGCCCAGUCCACAGCGGACUCCUGCUGCUCAUCCAGCUGCUAUGCAAUCUCAAGCACAGGUCGCAGCUCCAGAGCCAACAAAGAAUCCAGCACUUGCUCCAAAACCACCCGUGGCUCCAAAACCAUCCACCCUUCCAUCCCACUGUUCCGCAGAGGCUGAUGGAGGCUCCCCGAACUCUCCAGUGGUGAUAAAGAAGACUGUGAAUGUUCAUGCAGCCAGACCGCAGUCAUCAGCCACAAACCAGCCAGCUGCUCAGGAAGCAGAGAGAGCAACCUACCAGUCCAGUAAUGUGCAGGAUAGAGCGCCCCCUGUUGACAGAGAGGAGGAGUGGUCUGCUGUCUACAACCCUGCAGCUGCCCAGCAUCAGAGCACUCCACCGGUGGAGGAUGAUGAAGAGGCCAACAGCUACGACUCCGAUGAAGCAACCACUCUUGGAGCGCUGGAGUUCAGUUUACUUUAUGAUCAAGGCAACAACAGCCUCCACUGCAGCAUUAUCAGAGCAAAGGGUUUAAAGCCAAUGGAUUCCAAUGGACUAGCAGAUCCAUAUGUUAAAAUGCAUCUGUUACCUGGUGCAAGCAAGUCAAACAAAUUACGCACGAAGACUCUUCGGAACACUCGUAAUCCGGCCUGGAAUGAGACGCUGGUUUAUCACGGACUGACAGAUGAUGAUAUGCAGCGCAAGACCCUCAGAUUAUCAGUCUGCGAUGAGGACAAGUUUGGUCACAAUGAGUUUAUCGGAGAGACCAGAGUUGCCCUGAAGAAACUCAAGUUCAAUCAGAAAAAAAACUUUAAUGUGUGUCUCGAGCGAGUCGUCCAGACAAAGAGAACAUCGACUGCUGGUGGUGCCCGAGGAAUCGCCCUCUAUGAGGAUGAGUCGGGGAAGGAUGGCGGUGAGCUGGAAGAGAGAGGUCGUGUGCUGAUAUCCCUCAUGUAUAACACUCAGCUGGGUCGUCUCAUUGUUGGUGUUAUACGCUGUGUGCACUUAGCUGCGAUGGAUGCGAAUGGAUACUCUGAUCCUUUUGUCAAAAUAUGUCUGAAGCCUGAUAUGGGGAAGAAAGCGAAAAACAAGACCCAGACUAAGAAGAAAACGCUGAACCCCGAGUUUAACGAGGAAUUCAGCUAUGACAUUAAGCAUGCGGAGCUGGCCAAAAAGACUCUCGAUAUCUCAGUAUGGGACUAUGACAUUGGCAAAUCUAAUGAUUAUAUAGGUGGAUGUCAGCUGGGAAUCACUGCCAAAGGUGAGCGCUUGAAGCACUGGUACGAGUGCCUGAAGAACAAAGACAAGAAGAUUGAGCGCUGGCACACUCUUCUGAACGAAAACCACAUCUCCAGUGAUUAG